AUGUCCUCUUUCCAGCUCAACCUCAGUCGCCUCAAGGAGCCACUGGGCUUCAUCAAAGUCCUUGAGUGGGCUGACUUUGUUGUUACUCUUGUUGCCACUUUCUUGUGGCUGGUGAGCAACUCAGCUUGGGAUAAAUCUCUUCCAGACAUUAAAAUAGCUACCAGGCCUGAAAGGUCUACUGGUUCCAAUAUUGUACAGGAACUUGCACCCUGUCAUUCUCAAGGAGCGAUGUGUUAUUUUGGCUCUGUGACUAGUAUAGGAUUCCUAAAUGUAUCUGUGAUCUUCAACUUUCUGAAUAUGAUAUUUUGGGGAGGAAAUGCAUGGUUUGUGUACAAGGAGACCAACUUACACAGUCCAUCAAAUACUUCUGCUGCCCAUACCCAAGGAGGUAUUCCAUUUUUACUGGAAUAUAAUUAA